UCACCUUUGGCCCAACAAAAAAUCCUGUCCAUCAGUCAGAGCUAAACUUAGCCGAGUGAUUCGGCCUUUUUUUCCGCUCCGUCAGUUGGUUCGUUCGUUCGUUCUUUCGUUUGCGUCGGAAGGACCCGUCUCCACUUUGGGAUCCCGGCUGCCUUCUUUCUCCCUGGCAAGAUGAGUAUCCCUUUAUCGUCGUCGUCGUCGUAUCGUUUCUCGACCGUGUUGGAGGGUCAUUCGGGCGAUGUGCGCUGCCUGAGCGUGAUUCCGGCGGCCAGUUUCGUGGAGGCGGAUUUCGCCUUGGUCUCGGGCUCGCGCGACCACUCGGCCAAGCUAUGGCACCCGGAUCCCGCCACCAAGAACGCUACCUGGCACUGCGAUCGCACACUCGCCGGACACCAGCGCUACGUCACGGCCGUCACCGUCAAGGAACCCGACACCCAACACCCUCAAGGGUUAAUCUUCACGGGCUCCCAAGAUGGUCAUAUUCGCACGUACCAUCCCUGUUCCAACAACCCCAUUGGUGACACGGAAGCCCAUGCCGCCAAUGUGUCGGCUCUGUUCAUAUCUAAAACGGGGACCCUGAUCUCUGGCUCUUGGGAUACCACUGCCAAAGUGUGGGUGAACGAGAUGAAGCUUACCAUGACGCUCACGGGGCACGAAAUUGCCGUGUGGGCCGUGGCUAUUUUGCCCGAAUGCGGUGUUAUGAUUACCACCGGGGCCGAUAAGACAAUUAAGUUGUGGAAAGGGGGCGUGUGCAAACAAACAGUAACUGGAGCGCACUCCCAAGCCGUCCGAUGUUUGACCAUCGUGUCCAAAGAGAAAUUUAUGUCCGGCUCCAAUGACUAUACGGUGAAAGUUUGGCAGGUAGACCCGCAAGCCGUGAAUACCACGUGCCUGAAGACUGUGCAGGCUCACAAUAACUUCAUUUACUCUAUGAGUGCCUUUAGCGAAGAUAAGUUCAUCAUUGGAGGCGAGAACUCUGGCAUCAAGGUUUUUAAAGAUUUCGAGAAUGAGCAAGUACUUCAAGUUCCUGCUAUAUCGGUGUGGUCCGUGGCUGCCCUUCCCAAUGGGGAUAUUGCUGGUGGGUGUUCCGAUGGGCGUACUUGGAUCUUCUCAGCCGAUCCUGCUCGGCAAGCCUCCGAAGACGCACUCAAGAGCUACGAAACCGCUUUGGCUGGUUUCCAUCGCCCUGCGCAAACUGAAUUAGAUGGUGUGGAUGUGAAGAAGCUUCCAGGAACUGAAGCCCUUCACGCGCCUGGACGAAAAGAUGGCCAAACUCUGAUGGUUCGAGAUGGCCCAAAUAUUUGCGUAUACUCUUGGUCGGCAGGUGAACAAAAAUGGACGAAGAUCGGAGAUGUGACUGGAUCGGCCAAGGGCCAAAACGGAGCUGCUCCGGAUGGAGGCAAGAUCAUGUACGAAGGCAAAGAGUACGAUUUUGUGUUUGACAUUGAUGUGGAUGAAGGCAAGGUGUUGAAGCUGCCUUACAAUCGAAGCCAAGAUCCUUACACGGUCGCUCAGAAAUUCAUUCAUGACAACGAUAUGCCUCAAGUUUAUUUGGACCAAAUUGCCAACUUCAUUUACAAGAAUGCAGGCGUGAAACAACAACCUUCGGGUGGAGGAGGAGCAGUCGAUCCUUUCACAGGUGGUGGUGCCUACUCCACUAGCUCCAAUAGUGAUUACCCUUCUAAUGGCUCCAACGCCAAUAACGCCUUCUCUUCGAGCUCAUACGGAGGCGGUGCAGAUCCAUUUACUGGUGGAGGAAUGGAUGUAGAUGUGACCAAUACAUUUUUCCCUCAGACCAGUUACCUCGCGUUUUCAGUCAAACCCAAAGUAGAGAUGAUGGUCAAGAAGUUGAAGGAAUUCAAUUCUCAAGUAGGAGAUGAGCUUAAAGUGGAUGAGGCCAUUCUUGAACGAUUGCCAGCCCUUUGCUCGUCUGACGGUUCCACCGGUGACGUUGCCAGUCUGAUGAAAGCUUUAAGAUGGCCCAAAGAUUUGGCUUUCCCUGCCUUGGAUAUCCUUCGAUUAGCCAUUACCAAUCCAUCCGUCAACCCUGUCCUCUUGGAAGAUGUUGUGUUGAACGAUCUUCUUUCGCUAAUGUUGGCCAACAUGAAGAGCGAAAUGCCCAUCAACUGUCAAAUGCUUGCCAUGCGAACCCUCGUCAAUAUGUUCUCGGUGCCCAAAGGUGAACGAGUAAUGCUUCAAUGCCGGGAUUCUAUCAUCACUCGUUUGCUCACUCUAUUUCCUUCGGAGAACAAGAACAUUCAAGUGGCCAUGGCUACCCUCAUUUUAAACUACGCGGUCGCCGGCUACCUCAAUCGGGAUGAGGAGUGCCAGGUCCAAUGUAUUUCUUCCCUCACUAUGCUAUUCUUGGACGGCAUCUCGGAUUUCGAGGCCCGAUUCAGAACUUUGGUGGCAAUUGGCACUCUGAUGGGCGAUCAAAACAACGCCAAGUACUUCCUAAGCCUGGACGGGAAAAAUAAAUUACAGGUGUUGAUUGCAAGCUCUGAGACCCCUGAAAAGGUUUCGCAAUGCUCCAAGUUUAUAUUGAGAAGUGUUUAGAUCGCAUUUCGAGGACGCACGAUUGUUAAUAACGUCGCAUAACAAGUUAUGGAAGGAACAACAGGUUUCCCGUCUUGUUUUUUGCCCUAUUGAUUAAAAGAUCCUUUUUAUUGCUCCAA